UUUCAUACACACUCGGUUUAUUCAGUGCACUAACUAACAGUAUACCUUUCAUCAGUCCUCGCGGAGGACCGUGUCACUGCCGUAUACUUAAUGGUUACCAAUAUCAUUUUAUUUAUGUAUUUAGCUCGUUACAUGUAAAACCCGGUGUUGGUGUACCUAUAAUACUCGACUCGCAAAAUGUACCGGAAUAUUUACAAUCAACUAACGAAUCUCACGUGAAACCGAUCGAUUUGUGUUCCUGUACAACAAUAAUUAAUUAUACAUACGCGUAGAGGGAGAGAAAAAGACGAGAAAAAACCACAAAUCAGAGUAAAUGACGAGCGAGCGGAACAUACCACACUUGAGGGAUAUAUUCGGCGGCGUCGACGACGACGAUGGUCUGCCGAGUGAGUUACGCCGGUUGGACGUGAAGAGCGACGACCGAAACUCAUUGGGUGGCGUUAGCGCGGGUGGCACUGACAGCGCUAUAUCGGUGGGUUCGGCUAGCGAGGAGGAUUUGUUACCGGUCAAGGGAUCCAAGAAAAAACGGCACAAGGGCGGUGGUAGUCGACAGACAAAGUGCGCGGCUACGUUUGAGGAUGACGUGAAGCACCUAGAACGGCAUCUGUCGAUGAAGAAAACUAUUAGGAAGAAAAUCAUGCGAGACUUGCAACAGGCGUUCGUCGAAGAUCCGGACGAGUUCAAGGUGGAAGACAUACCGCCGGAGCAGCUAAAGGCUGAGCUUAACUCCAGGAGUUUAAGCUUUGGCAUGCCGGGCAAGAAAAAAGGUAAAAUGAAAUCUGAAUCAAACUUCCUGGACUUUUUACGUGGCGGAAACGACUCGACAAUGACUGGCCGUCGUUACAACGCAGACGAAAGUGAUUCUGGACACGGGUCUCCGACCAGAGAAUUGGACGAUGAUGAACCGUCGAUACGGAAGCCAAGCUUUUGGAGACGUUUUACCACAAAGGGCGCGAGGAACAAGCGGUAGGCGCUAAUACCGUUUGAGCGCAUAAGUAACACUGUGAUCCUUAAAAGUUAAAACCUAUUAUUAUUAAUAUUAUUAUUUUAUAAUUUUAUUUUAUUUUUAUCACGUAAAAUGUAUCGUAUGUGCGUAUACGGCCUAUUUUCGUCUUGUCAUCCUGACGCUAUUACCUUAAAUAAUCCAAUGUAAAAUCGCUGAUGCGACUUAUCCUGAAUUCCCGACCAAUACAAGACAAGUAUCCAGUACACUAAUAAUAACAAAUCCUUUAAAAAUUUUCUUUUGAUUUUACAAGUACAGCUUUACUAUUUGAAUUUCUUAUGAUAUCCUAUGAUGUAUUUUGAUAUAAAAUAUUUUAUGCAAUGUAUGCAUGUAUCAUACUAUCAUAU